CCGUGCCAUGUGAAUCACCAGUUGAAGAAGUCCCAGCAAAAAUACCUUUCUAGCAAUUAUCCAAAGGGGAACCUCCAGUCAGGAUGUCCACGGCCACCACAAUGGCUGCCGCUUCGCAGGACCUGAGAUUCGGGACCACGGACUACAUUGUAUUCGUCAUCAUGCUCUGUGCCUCGGCGGGCAUAGGAGUGUACUUUGGAUUCUUCUCCAAGGCCAAGAACACCACGGAGGAGUAUCUGCGCGGCGGGAAGAAGAUGCAGACCCUGCCCAUAGCCAUAUCUUUGGUGGCCAGUCAACUGUCUGGCAUUGCCAUCAUGUCCAUUCCCGCGGAGAGCUACACCUAUGGUUUCAACUACAUAUUCGUGGUUCUGGCCAUGUUGGCAGUGAUUCCCAUCCUGAUCUACAUCAUUGUGCCAGUUUUUUACGAGAAUAAUGUGUCCAACUGCUAUGAGUAUUUGGAGAUGAGGUUUAAUAAGCGCACCCGGCAGCUGGUGACCGCCACUUUUGUGAUGAACUCCUUCCUGAUGCUACCCGUCUACAUGUUUAUUCCCUCUCUGGCCUUUGCCCAGGUCACUGGUGUAAAUAUCCACCUGAUUAAUGUCAUGGUCUCCUCCAUUUGCAUCUUCUACACCAUGCUGGGUGGCAUUAAGGCUGUGGUUUGGACAGAUGUCGUCCAGGGUGGCAUUAUGCUGCUCUCCGUCGUCGCCGUGGGAGUCCUGGGCACAAUUCGUUCUGGUGGCAUAUCCAGUGUAAUGGAUCAUGCCUCUGAAGGCGGACGCUUUAACUUUGACUUCCGCUUGGAUCCUCGCAUCCGACUGACCUUCUGGAGUGCCACCAUGGGCGGGAUCUGCAUGUGGACGGGUCAUAUUGGUUUAAACCAAAGCUGCGUCCAGCGCAUUGUCUCUCUGCCUUCGUACUCUCAUGCCAAGAAAUCUCUGGUAAUUGCCGGCUUGGGUUUCCUAAUCAUCAGCUUCUUCAACACUAUCUCGGGAAUUAUUAUGUUUGCCCGAUACUAUGGCUGCGAUCCCCUGUUGGCGGGCCUGGUCAGCAAGCCGGACAAGAUGAUGCCCUUCUUUGUGCAGGACAUCAUGGGCCAUCUAGCCGGAAUGCCGGGUGUGUUUAUCUCCUGCGUGUUUAGUGCCGCCCUGAGCUCCCUUUCCGCCACGCUGAACUCCCUGGCCGGCGUGGUCUACUUCGACUACAUAAAGCCCAGGAUCAGGCACACCGAGGCGCGGGCCAAUUGGGCCAUGAAGCUGAUCGUGGUGGUGAUGGGUGGCUACUGCAUUCUGGGUGGGUUUGUGGUCCAGAAUUUCAACUCCAUCCUACAGACUGUGGUCACCAUUACGGGUAUCAACACGGGUGCCGUGGUGGGAGUCUUUCUCCUGGGCAUGUUCGUGCCCCGGUGUAAUGCCAAGACAGCGGUGUCCAGCAUAGUUUUCAGUGUGAUUGCCAUGGUUUGGGUGAUUGCCAACGGCCAGAUGAACUUCAAGUCCGGUCUGAUCAAGUACGAAGUGCUACCCAAUACGCUCGAUCGGUGUGAGGCCCGGGGUCUGCACGUGAUUUUGGAUGCAAUCAAAAAGACGGACUUUACACCGGUCACAGUGAAGCCUCCCUCCGGGGCCCCCGUCACCACCGCCUUCGACAGCAAUCGCGACUUCUCCCUGUACGACAUCUCGUUCUAUUGGUACAAGGUACUUGGAACCGCUCUGAUUUUCCUGUGGGCGAUUCCCAUGAGCUAUGUCUGGCGACCGGAUAAGAAUGAAAAACAGAAUCCCAAGCUCUAUUCUCCAUUUGUGCGAAAGUUUCUUUCCCUUCCGCCUGCGGAACAGGAAAUGGAGGAGGCGCCACUGCGAGGAGACAAGGUCAGGGAUAUACCCAACCUACGGAUAGAUCCGGGCGAUAAAGAAAAGGAAGCUAGUCUCGAGUACUGAUUCUACUUAAGUAUUCUAGUUAAUUUUAUACUUAGGGUGAAAUAUAUCCAAGAUGAUUAAGAAAA